GUUGCUGUUGCUACCUUUCAUUCAUUUGGGAUAAUGUUAGCUUGGUGGUAGCUGUUAGCGUAAGCAGAACCCGGCUUUUCUUUACACAGUUCAGCGUUGACAUGACUCCGAUAGAUUUCCUUCUUCCAAACUAAGAAGAGACAGCUUUGCGUCGACAACUGAGCUGCGUGUAAAGCCUUUGUGUCCAGGAUAAGCUCGGUUUGCCGACAACGGUCAUGGAUUAUGAACACAAAGCUAAAGCGGUAGCAGACUGCUUGCUGAGCUACAGGAGGGAUGAAUCUGGGUGGAAGGUCUGCAGAAAAUCGAAUGAUGUGGUUGUUUCUUGGCGUCCCUCGUCUGAGUUCCCUGGGAAUGUUUACAAGGGAGAGGGCAUUGUCAGCGGCACCCCUGAGAACGUAUGGGAAUGUCUCAAACCAGUUCCCAAUGGGCUCCGAGUCAAGUGGGACAGCAACGUCAAAAGGUUUGAGCUUCUUGAACAGAUCAAGGAGGACAUUUCCAUCUGCCGGACAGUCACACCCUCAGCCGCUAUGGGUAUCAUAGCCCCACGUGACUUUGUAGAUGUUAUUUUAGUUAAGCAAUAUGAAGAUGGCAGCAUUUCAUCUAAUGCGACCAAUGUGAUUCAUCCUAGUUGUCCUCCCCACCCUGGCUAUGUAAGAGGAUUCAACCAUGCCUGUGGCUGCAUUUGUAUCCCCGUCUCAGGGGAGCCCAGCAAAACUCAAGUGUCCAGUUUCUUCCAGACAGACCUGAGUGGCCUCCUUCCGCGCUCUGUGGUUGACUCAUUUUUCCCAUCCAGCAUGACCGAGUUCUACAGCAACCUGGCCAAAGCUGUAAAAUCUCUUAAAGACAUUUGAGGCAAAGAGCAACCAGGGUUUUCCCCAGUGUAUUAUAAGCCCGUUGGGCUGCCCGGCUUUACUUGCUCCCCCCCACCAGGCCAACCACUGAUGUUUUUCUUAUAAAAAAAAUAAUUGCUUUUAUUUAAUUUUUUUUAUACCCCGCAUAAAGCAAAAAUAGUAAAGAUGCUUUGCUUAGCUCAACAAAGUAUCUUUGUUGGUCUGAGCUUUUCACCAAAAGAACAGAAUCAUUCCUGAAAGGGAUUUAUGCAUUGAACAGGGCAUGAAGCUGCCAAUGCGCACCAAUCACACCACUGGCGCCUGUUGGCCGCCUACUGUGCUACUGCAGCUCAAUCUAUCAAGUUUACCUCGUCGCGGAUUGCGAGUAUUGAGUAUUUCACUCACACUAGAUGUUUUGGCAUUUGUUCUUUUCGAGAAGCUUAACCUGCAUUUAAAUCAACCCACUGUGAGGAAUCAUGUUUCUUUGGAGAAUACUUCAGUAAGGUAGGAAUCAAGUUUGAAAGUCACUUCACUGCUUGCUCUGUUUGCGCUAGCUCAAUUUGCAACAUAAAUAUAACCUAUAGUUGCAUUUUCAAAUGUGGGUGCAGUGGAAUGAGAAUGAUAUAUCUUUGUGAACAAAGAAUUACAGUAUGUGUGGCGUUUCCAUCUCACACAUGCUGGCCCAGCGUUGGGCCACAAACAUAAUUAUUAUCUGCUCUGAUAAAGUUUAUAUGUGUUCCUCGGUGAGGCAGUGCGUUAGUGGGAUAGUGGUAAAGGUAGAGGAGCUGUUGCACUUUCCUCAUAGUCAUGCAGCAUGCUGGUCUUUUUGUUUUAUGCAACCGCACAAUGCACCAAACUGCGCCAUAUCAAAUGCUGUUUCAGUCAGGCAGAGUUGCUGUGCGGAGAUCGGAAAAACUCGUCCCAUAAUGUCCGGACUAGCAAAACAAACAGUCUCUGUGUCACUUAUUAUAAACUCACAGACACAAAAUAGAACAGCUUUGUCUCUACUAGAGCGACAUAAAUUAAAUCUCCCCGUUUGACCCUCUGUAUCCAGCAGAGAGAUGCGGCGUGCAGUGGAUUUAGCUCAUCAUGCAAGGUAGGUGCAAGUUGUGCAUCAGCACCUCUAACGGCACUGCAGUUUAAAUUUAGUAAAAUCUGGGAGAGGACAUGGUUUAACUGGCCAAGUUUAAAAGCAGUCAGUGAUAACUGUAAUUUGCUGAGAAAGUUUUGUGAUCAACAGAGCUCAAACUCAAAGAUUAAACUCAUAGAAUGAGAUUGUAGCUAUGGUAACAAAACAAUCUAUCUAUGAAGAUUGUUCUUUGCACUUCUACAAAGUAAACUUACCAGCUCAUUAAAAUCUCAGUUAAAUGUAAAGCAAUUUAAGUUUCAUAUUAGUUUAUCUGUGCUGAAAGCAUUAAAUUUAACAGCAUUGUCAUUCUCAACAAACAAAUGUAAAAAAAAUUAUAUCUGUAUUUUGUGUUAAAAUGUUAACAUUUAUGGCCCUCCUGGAGGUCUUGGGGGCCUUGAGCAGCUGCUGAGUUCAUUUGGGUCGGUUCUAAAUAUGAUCAGGAUUUAUUUGGGAUUUAACGGGUAUGCACAAAAUGCAAAUUUUUUUAUAUAGUAUUUUUUGUUUUUAAAAUUAUAGUUGUGUGUUUAGGUAUUGUCGACAAUGUCUUCCAAUAACAUACAUAAUUUACUCAGUAAUACUUUACAUUUCUUGUCAACUUAAUAUCUUUUGAUACAAAAACAUGGUGGGCCACUGGUGGACCGCCUCGGGGCCCCGACCACCGGGCUUUUCUGAGGGAAACCCUGAGUAACCAAGUGUCCGGCCUAUUCACUAUGCCAUGUAUUCUAUUUAAAAAAAACAACUAAUAUUGAAGCUUUAGGAAAGUUAGAAAAUGCCAAAUAUCUAACACUGGUUAAUUCAGUACAUGUUGGUUAAUUUAUAAACUCUAACAGAAGGAAUCCUGUAAAUGAUUAACAGUCAACAGAAUGAGGAAAAGGGUCAUGUAUAUCAGAAGUUCUCAAAUUUUACUUGAUAUAUUCUCAAGUUUAUUUUACCUUUUUGAAAGAUUAAAGAUGAAUUUGAAAUUUUAUUUUUUUUAAAAUACAGCAGGUCAAAUAAGUAUUGAGCAUAUCAUUUUUUUAUACUAAACAUAUUUCUAAAGGUGCUAUUAACAUGAAAUUUUUACCAUGUGUUGGUAACAACCCACGUAAUCCAUACAUGGAAAGAAACCAAAGAAAUAGUUUUAGAAAUUAAGUUAUGUAAAAAGUACUGAACAUGCUGCAGUAUGUAACUUUUAUAAAAGCAAUUUUUUAAUUUACAUUUUUAUUUGAUAAAUGGUCACUAGAAUAGAAUAUACUUUAUUGAUGGCCAAUGUAAAAUUUCUUAUUUGUUCACAAGCUACUCCAUCCAAAGUGUUAACUAUUAGUAUUAGUACAGCCAAUAUUAUAUGUGUGUCUUAUAUUGUAAGUACAUUAAAUAUGACCUUAUUGCAAUAUAAAAACAGGCAUGUACAUGGAAAUACUAUAAUCUAUAAAUAAAUCCAUAAACGAGUCUAUAGAAAACUUAAAUUUAAAGACACUCAGCGUUGGACAUUGUAAAUGUCAGGAGCUGCAGUGUGAAGUGGUUGAGGCAGACGCCGAGAGAAAUUAUGAUUUUAAUGAAGAAAAAUGUACAAAUAAUCUAAAAUACCAGGCAGCACAGGGUGAGCGGAAUGGCUAGGCUCACCGCUGGUAGCAACUGGCAAAUCCCAAACUAGACACGACAGGACGAGACAGAAUGGACAAGGACCCGACAAAGACACAGAAAUACUGGUGGCAUUAAAAACACAGAGAGUAAUCAGGGAACGAGACACAGCUGGGAACAAUCAUGGGGUAGACAGGACAACACAGAAACCUAAAAUACAGUUUUUUUCCCUGUGUCAUUUACAUUAUUGCACAAUAAUUAAUUUCUGAACUGAUUUGUUUUGAUUUCUUUCUAUGUAUGACUUUCUUGGGUUGUUAGCAACACUUGAUGAAAAUUUCAUGUCAAUAGCACCUUUAGAAAUAUGUUUACAUGUUUAAAUAUGUUGACUAAUACUUAUUUUACCCACUGCAAAUGCAGUGAUAUAUAAACCCAGAGUACUUUGUGUAGCUAAAUUAUGCAACACAAAAUGCCUUGACCUUCUUUAUCAUAUCUCUGUGUAUGCAGAUCUAAUGAACCUUUUGCCCUAUUACUAUUAUCUGUGGUGCCUUGUGAUCAGUUCCUUUUUUAGACAAAAUAAGUUUUUCUUCAUUUUAACAUUUGGCUUUAUUAUUGAGGUAAAUGAAUCCCCUAUACUGUGAGGUAUCUUCUAUAGAUCUGUGGACUGUUUAAUUGUCCAUAGCUCAGAGUUUUAUUUGUAAGACUUUGCUUUAUCAAUGCUCUUCCACUCAGAGAUAAUAUUUAUGUCUUGUAAAGACAUUUUAAGGAUAUUUUUCCAUUUAUUCAAGUUUAAGGUACCAUAUAUGCUGGUAGCAUUCCUCUUAUUCUUUUUUUAUCCAAUAUACUAGAAUGUAGAUCAACUGCAAUGCUGUUGUGCUUUAAAUAUAUAUAUAUUGUUAAUUAUAAUUCUUUUAUUGUAAAUUUAGCGUUGUGUAUUGAAUUAACUGUACAACCAUUUUUCUGAAUCAGGCAUGUUUGAUAGUUGAGAACCACUGACCCCUUCCCCCAUACCCCCCGCCUGUUGCUGGUGAGAGGUGAACUCAUACACAAAGACUGAAGGGGUAUAAAGUGUAUUAUUUUAAUAAUUUUUGAGUGAUAUUAGAAUUAUGGGAGAUAAAUAAAUGCUGUAAAUGUUUAAAAUGUUUUAUUAAAGUUAAUUGUCCAAUGUUAACAUUUCACUUGGACCAUUUGCACUGUGGCUGACUAUUUUAAUCGUUCAGUGUUGUAAUUACAUUUCAGUUGCAGUUGAGUAUGUGUUUAUAGUGUUAAUUUAUGCAUGGCCAGAUAUUUUUCUGUAAUAUUUGCAAAGAGACAGUUUGUUAGUUUUGAUUUUACAUACAACAUGGAUCAAAACACCUGAGGAUUUUUGAUAAUCAACAGAACAUGUCAUAUAAAUGUAUGGAAACCAACCACAGAUGUAUUUGAAUUAUUUGGUCUUGCAUUGCCUUAUGUCUACAAACCAAUUAGAUGUGUUUUUUAUUCUGUUCUUUCCCCUUCUAGUACUGGCAUCCAGUUAACACGCUUUGUAACCCUUAACCACAUAAUCUCAAAUCAUUUUUUGUCUGAAUAUAGCAUUUUAAGGUGUGAAGAAAAGCUCACUUCACACAUUGGUUUCAUUAAAAACAUCUGGCUGAGGCA